AAGUUAAGGGAUGGACUACUUGUUAAGCAGAACUGUUGUCCAGAACUGUGCUUCUCCUCUUCUCUUCUCUCACUCAAACAUCAACCACACAAAUUAAAACAAACAAACAAACAAACAAACAAAAUUAAUUAAAAAAAAAAAAUGAAAAUAUAAACCUUGAAUUCAAUUCUUAACCCUUCUUUCUUCUUCUCUUUCAUUCUUUUUUCUCUUUCACCAUUCUCAUUUUCCUCAUGGCUUCACUUUCCUCUCCCCUUUGCACGUGGCUUGUUGCUGCUUGCAUGUCAGUCACGUGCGACUCUCACUCCUCUCUUCCUCCUCGUACUCGUUGCAGAAAGAAUAACAAACUCCAUCUCCUCUCUUCUCCCAAUCGACUCUCCCGUUCUGGUAAAGUAAUGGCUGUUGCUUUGGAAUCUGCUCAAGAAGUUACAACAGCGGGAAAACCUCCUAUGAAGCAAAGGCGAGUAGUUGUGACGGGCUUGGGUGUGGUCACACCACUUGGUCAUGAUCCUGAUGUCUUCUACAAUAAUUUACUCGAUGGUGUUAGUGGGAUAAGCGAGAUCAAUGCUUUUGACUGUGCAGAAUUUCCAACGCGGAUUGCUGGUGAGAUCAAGUCAUUCUCAACUGAUGGCUGGGUAGCACCAAAGUUUUCAAGGAGGAUGGAUAAAUUUAUGUUGUAUCUUCUGAUAGCGGGAAAAAAAGCAUUGGUUGAUGCUGGAAUUACUGAAGAUGUAAAGGAUGAAUUAGAUAAAGCAAAAUGCGGUGUUUUGAUUGGCUCCGCAAUGGGUGGAAUGCAGGUUUUUCAUGAUGCGAUUGAAGCUUUAAGAAUCUCAUAUAAGAAGAUGAAUCCUUUUUGUGUACCCUUUGCAACAACAAAUAUGGGUUCUGCCAUGCUUGCAAUGGAUCUGGGGUGGAUGGGCCCAAAUUAUUCAAUCUCCACAGCGUGUGCUACAAGUAAUUUUUGUAUAUUGAAUGCUGCAAACCAUAUUAUUAAAGGUGAAGCUGACCUGAUGCUUUGUGGUGGCUCAGAUGCUGCUAUAAUACCAAUCGGCUUGGGUGGCUUUGUAGCAUGCAGGGCACUCUCACAGAGAAAUAAUGACCCCACUAAAGCUUCACGCCCUUGGGAUAUUAACCGCGAUGGAUUUGUCAUGGGGGAAGGAGCUGGAGUUUUGCUUUUAGAAGAAUUAGAGCAUGCUAAGAAAAGGGGAGCUACCAUAUACGCUGAGUUCCUUGGUGGAAGCUUCACCUGUGAUGCUUAUCAUGUGACUGAGCCACGUCCUGAUGGGGCUGGUGUUAUUCUUUGCAUUGAAAAGGCAUUAAUUAGUUCUGGAGUUUCAAGGGAGGAUGUGAACUACAUAAAUGCACAUGCCACAUCCACACAUGCCGGAGAUCUUAAGGAGUACCAGGCUUUGAUUCAUUGCUUUGGCAAAAACCCGGAACUAAGAGUGAACUCGACAAAGUCUAUGAUUGGUCAUCUACUAGGGGCAGCUGGUGGUGUGGAAGCCGUAGCAACCGUACAGGCAAUAAAGACAGGGUGGGUUCAUCCUAAUAUCAAUCUAGAAAACCCAGAUGAAGCAGUGGACACCAAUGUGCUUGUGGGCCCAAAGAAAGAGAGACUGGACAUCAGGGCAGGCUUGUCUAAUUCAUUUGGUUUUGGUGGCCAAAAUUCUUCAAUCAUAUUUGCCCCUUUUAAGUGAAACAGAUUUUUCCAACUGUAGUACCUUCCUAUCAUCAUUAACAAGUUGCUGAGUAACCAGGCAAUGUAUUGCAUUUGCAUACACUUACACUCGUCCUUUGCUUGAGUGAAAGCGCCUGUUAUGUGGAUUGCUCACUUGGAUGAUCAUUAUGUUCCAAAAACACUGAUGGGAUGUCCCUCAAGAAUCAGAAAACUUAGGGAUUGUUUGGUGCUCUUGGCGAGAUAGAAUUGCGUUUAUCAGCAACUGAAAAAAUAUCCUGUCUGACCAUGAAUGACUAGAGUACGAGUUGACACUGAUGUAACCAUUAGACAAUCACUUGAUGGGAACAUGGACAUUGCCUAAUUGACAUGAUAAAAGAGAAAAUGUGGAUUAAAUUAAUUGUUAGUGUUUUUUUUUUGAGCUGACAAGUUUAGGUUGACAUUUUCUUUGAUAUUUAUGCCUUUGAGGUUGAUUUCAAUUUAAGCACUAUGUUGUCUUUGCAAAGUGGAACUAGCACCAGAUUAUUCCUACUAUUAAUCUGAAGAUGUGAUAGCAGUGGCUUUUAGAUUAGAUCUAUGUUGUACACACAUUUGAAACCUACACGGGUAAUUUUGAGAGUGUCUUUGUUCUUGCA